ACAACUCUGCCGCCCACGAAGGUGGAAAUUCAUGUUCAAAUUGUGUUCAAAUCAAUGGCUGUAUCUCCGGUAAAAUGCGAGUGGAGGAGAAGUUCAAAGGUAAUGUCAGUGUCUCACAGCUUUCCGAAGGUGACUUCAUCCGCGGAAUCACUGGAGCUGAACAGAAAUCUGCGUGGUGCAGGGUGGAGGCCAUCUUCCAAGUACCGAACAGUCAGAACCAGACUACUUACGACGGAUUCACAGCAGACCACAUGGUCAUCGAUGACACUGUCCGUCCAUAUGGUAACAAGGGAGAGGUGCAGGUGGGUCCCAUUUACACGCUUGCCACCGACUGUGAUGCUUCUGUGAAUUCAGCGGGCCAGGCCUUCACGCCAAUCAGCACCACGUUCUGUCCACACGAGUUAAGCUGGAGCGAGUAUCUUUCCGUGAUCGCUGCAGUGAGGCGCUUCACCAAUCAGGCUGGCAACUUCUGGUAUGACUUGACUUCAUACCACGACAACGAGACCGCAGUGGUGCCGCGCUGGGUCGACCAGCUACCCACAAUCUGCCGCGAGGUUUUGCUAUGUUCACGUGAAGAUAAAUGUCAGGCGUUUGAGAAUGUAAUGAAUGAGUUCGUGCACGAUCAUCUGAACAAGGAGUACGUGGAGGUCGUUGAGCGAGCUUUUCCCAACAUGGGCGGCGAUGUGAGCAAGCAACAAGCUGGUACCGUCGCUGAAGUGGUUCGACCUCAGAAAAGCAGUCACAUAGUGCUAUUUUCCGUUGUCGGUAGCGCUAUGGUGGUGCUCCUGAUCAUUGCUGUCGCUCUCUUGGUUUUCCGCGCACGGAUGAUGAAGAAGAAGAAGGCAGAGAAGGGGCUGGAGCCCAAGAAGGCCCAGGAAGCCUCAGCAUCAAUGUUGUCACAGCUGUUAACAGAAGCUGAAAGAUACAACGAGUCUUCUUCGUUUGCUUAUAGUCGAGCAGUUAGCUAUUUUUGCUGAAAUGUGUUACUUUUUGCCAGUUAUAGGAAGUUGAUUUACUUGAUUAGUUUCCGAUAAACUUUAAUUAAUUUGUAGAUAUUAAGUGGCAUAUUUUACGUUACACUGAAUUUACGUCGAACAUUUUCUGUUGAUAGAUAUUUGAAAGUUAAUUAAUUUUUUUUAGUUUCAGUCCAAAGGUCCACUUUCCAUCAACUUCACGAGGGAAAGAAAUGAAGUAGUAGACGCUAGUGGUAACUUUUCAUUCAAGCGCUGCUGGUAGAAUGGCAAUAAAACUGCAUUUGCAGCUUUA